GAGAGAUAACGGCACACACGACGACCUCCACCCUACCGGGCCCUUAUCGUCUACCCCUAGCCCUGCCUGGGCACUACUUGGUGUCGCAGGCUCGGGCCAGCAUUAGAGCUCCUGAACCUAGAUGUGGACGACAAUGCGGCGCGGGUCAGCCUGGCUGGGGACACUGCACUGCGCCGAGGUGCGGGGACCCGGGCCGAGGGGCGGAGCGGCGCGUGCGCACAAGGGCGCCGCGGGAAGUUGGAGAUCGACAGGCCCGGCAGCUGGUCUGGGGGACCGCCGGGGCAUGGGCUUGGCGACAGGCCUGGCGCGGCGGCUGCGGGCGGCGCUGCGGGAGGAGGAGUUGCGGGCAGUGGAGGAGCUGCUGCGCCGUGGUGCUGACCCCAACCUGGUGCUCGAGGAUGGCGCGGCGGCCAUGCACCUGGCGGCCAGAGCCCAGCACCCGCGGAGUCUGUGUUGCCUCGAGGCCCUGCUGCGCCGAGGCGGGGACCCCAACACUCGAUCGGCCGAGGCGCUGACGCCGCUGCACGUGGCCGCUGCCUGGGGCUGUCGCCGCGGCCUGGAGCUGCUGCUGAGCCAGGGAGCGGACCCCGCGCUGCGCGACCAGGACGGACUCCGGCCUCUGGACCUGGCCGAGCAGCAGGGGCACCAGAACUGUGUGCGUGUCCUGCGGGAGCUGGAGGCUCGGACCAGGACCCCGACACGGACCCGGGCAGACCCCCAGGAGCCCGAGCCCGAGCCAAAGCCUGGCAGCCCAGGCCCUUGGGGAAAGGGGCUGAAUAUCAGCCCCUCUGGACCUCCCAGUGUGACACUGGACUCCACAACACUGGGCAGAGGUGAUGGCAAGGACAUGAGCCUGGAGGCUGGCCCUGGACCCCCCAGCCUCCUUGCCCACCCUGAGAUUGCUGACACAGAUGGCAGCUUGGAGUCCCCCCUAGGGCGCUGGGACUGCAGCUCAGUUGCCUCCUUUGUCACCGCGGUUGAGGCCUCUGGAGCUGAGGACCCAACCGCCCACACGUCCCCCUGGGCUGGUGUCCGACCCUCCCAGAAGGUGCCAAGAUCUUCGGGUACCCCACAGCAGGAACAUGGAGCCCUCGUGGAGGGCAGGGAGGCAGAACUAAAUGCCCGUCUGCAGGCCCUGACUCUGACCUUGCCAGAUGCCUCCCCCUCCCCCAAGUUCUUCCCAGACAGGAGCCCAGCCCAUAGUGCCCCUUGGGAACCACUGCCUGGACCCUCUGACUUCCACAUCCCAAAAGAUGACCAGUUGUCCCUCGACAGUGAUGUGGCUGCCCUCUGGCUGACAGAGGAUGAGGCGAGCGCCACAGGUGGCAGGGACCCCAUCCCCUCUUGCCAGUGCCCACCAGACCCCACCAUGUCUGACCUGGAGCUGCUGCAAGGGCUCCGGGCACUUGGCAAGAGCCGCGGUACCAUCACAUCCUUCACCCGGCCGUACUACCUCCAACCACUAGAAGAAGCCCGGGCUGCUCCUGGCCCAGAAUUCUCAGGGCACAGCCCAGAGCUGGCCAAAGCCCUGCGGACCGGCCGUAUCCCAGAUGCCCAGGCAGAUGAGGAUGCACUUGCCAAGCAGUUUGAGCGGCCAGAACCCACCAGACGGUGGCGGGAGGGGGUCAUGAAGUCCAGCUUCACAUAUUUGCUGCUGGACCCCAGGAAGACUCAGAACCUUCCAGCCCGAGCCUCCUCACUGACACUGGCUGAAUGCCUUCGGAUUUUUGUCCAUGCCAUCUUCUACGUGGGCAAGGGAACACGGGCCCGGCCGAACGUCCACCUCUGGAAGGCCCUUAGCCACCGAGGGUGGCCAGGAAAACAGGCCUGCCCCAAGGUGCGCCAGAUCUUAGACAUUUGGGCCAGUGGUCGUGGUGUUGUCUCCCUGCAUUGCUUCCAGCAUGUGGUUGCUGUGGAGGCUUACACUCGAGAAGCAUGUCUUGUGGAUGCUCUAGGGAUCCAGACGCUGACCAACCAGAAGCAAGGACACUGCUAUGGAGUGGUGGCUGGCUGGCCACCCACCCGGCGCCGCCGCUUGGGGGUGCAUCUGCUGCACCGUGCCCUCCUUGUCUUCCUGGCUGAGGGUGAGCGAGAGCUACGACCCCAGGACAUCCAGGCCCGUGGCUGAGCACUGGGGAACUGGCCAUCCAGCCUAUGUCGAGAUCAGGGUGUUUGAAUGUUCCAGCUUCCCCGCGCUGAGAGCAGCCCCCCGUCUCCAGCUGCAGGAGGCUGGUGGGGGAGCAGCAGGA